UUUGUUACAGAUCAAAUUUUUGGCGUCAAAAGCAGUUCUAAAUUAUGUAGGGUGUCAAAUUGCAAAAGUAGUAAUAAUAAAUCUCAAAAAUAUUAAAGUGAUAUCAUAAAUAUUAUUAGCAAUGGAUUCUUUCAACUCUACUACAAGUGCUGAUUUUAACUGGCCAUUUCCUAAACCUAUAAUAGGAAAACCAUGUGAGCCCCCAACUCCAAAUCCCCCGCCAAGGACGCGACCUGCGCCAGUGGCGCCAUAUUGCCACUGCGAUGCACAUUCGUACUCUCCUCGAGUCGAGCAGUACAAGCAGCUACUGGAUAAAGAACAAAAAUUAUGUCAAGACUACGAACAGCUGAGACAGCAGAUGGUGAGCGUGACCAAUGACAUACUGGACCAUCCUUGCGAUGACCUGGACAGCAAAAUGGAGACAAUGUAUCAAGCAACUUAUAAAAAAAGAUCUUUUCCAGUCGCGGAUUACACAAAAGUAAUGGCUGCUACACAGUCCAACGCGCCAAUACCGAUGGAGAGCCAUAGACUAGGCAUGCUCAGGUGCUACAAAGAUCCAACACACUUUACUGAGCCGCCUCCAACCGUCAGACCGACCAUAGAGCCACCAAGUCCCGUCCACACUGGUGUCUCACCAAAGACAAUGCGAAUAUGGUUCGGGGAAUUCCCUGGUAGGACUGAAUAUAUUGACGAAUUUAGUGCCACAGCUAAAGCUAAUUGGCGAUCUAUGCAGAGGUAUAAAGAACCAUUGCCUUCAACAAGACGAAGAGCUGAUGACAGAUGUGUAUAGUCUGUACUGUGAUUUUGUCCAUUUUUCGUUCCAUUUUUGUUAUCGAUAUUUGUACAUUUUGUUUCAUCGAAAUGCUUAAUAUG